AAAAAUCUGAGGUAGAUAGUGUAACUAACUGACUGUGUUCCUCAAAAGUUCAGGACACAGUCGGCGCCGUGUUCAUUGUGGAGACGCGCGUGUGUUUGGGCUCCGCUUUUGCGCAGGCUGCUGUCCGCCUGCUGGGUUGAUGAAAACGAUGAAAAUUAUGUGAUGUUUGUGUCAAUGGCUACUAUCGGACGAGCCAUGUGCGUUCAGUGGCCCCAGUCCAGCAGCUGUCCCUCCUCCGGCUCGGGCUUUUUCACAACUGCCUCGUGUGCUGUCCACCCACGGGAAAGGACGAGAUCGCGGGUGUGGUGUGGGAGCAGCACGAGCGCCGUGGCCGAUCUGCCCGUGCUUCAAGAACUUCUCACUUGGCUCGCACGCAGCGAUGAGCACUCGGGCUGAAGAAGCCGCAGAGCCCUCGGGCUCCCAGGAGCAGCCCGCCGCUGCCGCCGCCGCCGCCUCCGCCUCCACCGCCGCACAGGCGCCCAAGAGGGGACCCGGCCGACCGCGGAAGCCGCAGCAGGAGCCGACCGGUGAACCUGCCCCAAAACGACCAAGGGGACGACCCAAAGGAAGCAAGAACAAGGGUCCCUCCAAAGCUGCGCAGAAAAAAGCAGAGGCCACUGGAGAACGAAGACCUAGGGGUAGACCCAGAAAAUGGCCACAGCAAGUGGUCCAGAAGAAGCCUGCUCAGGAAGAAGAGGAGGAACCUGAGGAGUCGCCAGAGGAGGACUAACUGGCUGCGGCAUUUUGCCUCUACCUCAUUCAGCUGUCUGGUCUUUCCAAAGGAAAAAGACACUGCCUUGACCACUCGUGUUUCGACUUCUUUGUCCUUCCCACUUCUGUUUUGUUACGUUGUCUUUUUUGUCUUCUUUUUUUAAAUCGUUAUUGUUUUGAAAAAUCUGGGAAAAUCACACACGCAUAACCUCAGAGCAUCAACAGCUAAAAGGGUGAGAGUGAACAGAUCCACACCUCUUCUCAGUAACACGUCCAAACUGCUGUAAUCGUAGGAGGGCAGGCCUGUACAUGACGGACAGGUGGUUGAACCAAUCCCCUUGCUUGGACACGCCCACCCUCCCUCCUCCAGUUUCAGCCCACCAAUGACACGGCAGCCACUGGGCUUGGUUCACCUUUCAAAUGGCUUCUUGGUGUCAGACCACCCAG